AUGCCUCCCGUUCCUGCGCAACACGGCGGUGCCAUGGGCCCUUCUGUCGCAGACAAGCCUGUCGGUGCUGUCAUGGGCUUCGUCUUCGGCUCGGUCAACAUCAUGCGUUACGGUGCCGGCCCUAACGGCAUCAUGAGAACUCUCGGCCAGUACAUGCUCGGGUCUGGAGCUACUUUCGGUUUCUUCAUGUCUAUCGGCAGUGUCAUUCGAUCCGACGCCUCUCCUAUUGCCAACGAGGCAUUCCGCAGGGCCCAGCGAAGGCCCAUAAUCAUGUACGGCCCCGGCUCCGAGUACUCCAAGCGUCAGUAA